UAGGAGAUGGAAGCACGCUGCUGCAGAGCUUUGCGGAACUGAUUCUGCUGUGUGCAUUUGUGAGCUCUCGCCCACGGGAGCAGUCACAGACGGGGAGGGGGCUCUGUCCCAGCACAGACAUGCUGUUAUGGAUUCUGAAAGGCUGGUCAAGGAGACUGAUGAUAUUGAGAGUCCCAAACGGAGUAUCCGCGACAGUGGCUACAUCGACUGCUGGGAUUCAGAGCGCAGUGACUCCCUCUCUCCUCCACGACACGGCAGAGAUGAUUCCUUCGACAGCCUGGAUUCCUUUGGCUCCCGUUCCCGGCAGACACCUUCUCCAGAUGUAGUCCUCAGGGGGAGCAGCGAUGGGAGAGGAAGUGACUCUGAAUCGGACUUGCCACACCGGAAGCUGCCAGAUGUGAAGAAGGAUGACAUGUCUGCGAGGCGUACUUCCUACGGUGAGCCGAAAUCAGCAGUGCCUUUUAACCAGUACCUCCCGAACAAGAGCAAUCAGACUGCUUACGUCCCUGCUCCUCUGAGAAAGAAGAAGGCGGAGCGAGAGGAAUAUCGGAAGAGCUGGAGUACUGCCACGUCCCCCUUGGGCGGGGACAGGCCCUUCAGAUACGGUCCGAGAACUCCUGUGUCUGAUGACGCAGAGAGCACCAGUAUGUUUGACAUGCGGUGUGAAGAGGAGGCCGCGGUGCAGCCGCACAGCAGGGCUCGCCAGGAGCAGCUGCAGCUGAUAAACAGCCAGCUGCGGGAAGAAGACGACAAAUGGCAAGACGAUCUAGCUCGUUGGAAGAGCCGUAGAAGAAGUGCUUCUCAGGAUCUAAUCAAGAAAGAGGAAGAAAGAAAAAAAAUGGAGAAGUUACUGGCUGGCGAGGAUGGGACACGUGAACGGAGGAAAAGCAUUAAAACCUACAGAGAAAUCGUUCAAGAGAAAGAGAGAAGAGAGAGGGAGUUGCACGAGGCAUACAAGAAUGCGCGAUCCCAGGAAGAAGCAGAGGGGAUCCUUCAGCAGUACAUUGAGAGAUUCACUAUCAGCGAAGCUGUUCUUGAACGCUUGGAGAUGCCAAAAAUUCUGGAAAGAAGCCAUUCCACAGAGCCAAACUUACCCUCCUUCCUGAAUGAUCCCAACCCCAUGAAAUACUUGCGGCAACAGUCACUGCCUCCACCCAAAUUCACUGCCACUGUGGAGACCACCAUCGCUCGCACCAGCGUUCUGGAUCCCAACGUGUCAGCAAGCAGUGGGUCUCCAAGCAAAACUGUCACUCCCAAAGCAGUGCCUAUGCUGACACCCAAGCCUUACUCUCAGCCUAAAAACUCUCAAGAGGUUUUGAAGACCUUUAAGGUAGAUGGGAAAGUCAGCAUGAACGGGGAAAUGGUGUGUGGCAAUGGGGAGGACAAGGAGUGCCCCACCCCCACCGUGGCAACUGCCCCCUCCUUAACCAAAUCCCAGAUGUUUGAAGGAGUGGCCAGAGUGCACGGGUCCCCACUGGAGCUGAAACAAGACAACAGUAGCAUUGAGAUCAACAUAAAGAAGCCAAAUUCUGUUCCCCAAGACCUGACAGUAAGCACUGAGGAAGCUGAACCAAACAGUCAAGAAGAUGGGAAUGGUGUCGAAAAAUCAGAUCCACAACAUUUCACAACAGUUGUGACUCGAUCCAGUCCAACUGUGGCCUUUGUGGAGUUUUCUUCCAGCCCCCAGCUGAAGAAUGAUGUGCCAGAAGAAAAAGGCCAGAAGAAAACAGAAAAUGAAUUGAGUGGAAAGGUGGAGUUGGUGAUGUCACAAAAGGUGGCAAAGCCAAAAUCUCCAGAACCAGAAGCAACACUGACAUUUCCAUUUCUGGACAACAUACCUGAAAACAACCAAUUACAUUUGCCAAAUCUCAAUUCUCAAGUGGAGUCUCCAAGCAAUGAAAAGUCACCGGCAAGUACACCUCAGUUUAAGUUCUGGGCGUGGGACCCGGAAGAGGAGCGCAGGAGACAGGAGAAAUGGCAACAGGAGCAAGAACGUUUACUGCAGGAGAGAUACCAGAAGGAGCAGGACAAACUGAAAGAAGAGUGGGAAAAGGCUCAGAAAGAGGUGGAAGAGGAAGAACGAAGAUACUAUGAGGAGGAACGUAAGAUAAUUGAAGACACCGUAGUUCCAUUCACUAUUUCGUCAAGUUCUGCAGACCAACUGUCUACAUCCUCCUCUAUGACGGAAGCCAGUGGAGCAGUGAAUAAGAUGGACUUGGAAAACUGUCGAGAGGAAGGACAAGAGACAAGGCAGAAGAAACCAUUCCAGAGAGACAGUAAUGAUGUAUUGCUGAAGACAAGGGAGUGCGAUCUACUGGAGGAAAGAGAUGGCCUAACUCAUUCUGAGAACCCUAUAUCAAAAGGAUUCCACCAGGAACAUCAGCUGGAUACAGAUGCUGGCGCAGCACACUGUGAGAUGAACCCCCCACUGCUAGCUCAGAACGCAUCCUGGAAUCAGCAGAUAGCAACCCCACCAACACACACGUUAGAAGAUGCGAAACCAAAAACCCUCCUGCUGGAUAGAAGCAUGAACCAUCAGAUUGAGUCUCCGAGUGAAAGGCGAAAGAAAAGCCCUCGAGAGAACUACCAGGCUGGGCACUUGUCCCCUUGUUCCCCCACCCCUCCUGGCCAGUCGCCAAACAGGUCUAUAAGUGGGAAGAAGCUAUGCUCGUCCUGUGGGCUUCCUUUGGGGAAAGGAGCGGCCAUGAUUAUUGAGACCCUCAAUCUCUACUUUCACAUCCAGUGCUUUAAGUGUGGAAUUUGCAAAGGACAGCUGGGAGAUGCAGUGAGUGGGACAGAUGUUAGGAUUCGAAACGGUCUUCUAAACUGUAAUGAUUGCUACAUGCGAUCCAGAAGUGCUGGCCAACCCACAACAUUGUGAUAUUUUCAAGCCUUCCAAUCACUCACCAUUUCUUUCUUGAGAGUGUCCCUGGUGUUCCUUUAACAAAAUCCCAAGUUCAGGGGGCUUCUCAGCAUUCGUUAAUUUUUGAAAGGCUAUUCUAAAAGAUGGUAUUUGUCAUUUUGUAGCACAGUGUUUGUGUUUUACCUGCUUUGGGGUUUUUUUUGUUUUUGUUUUUUGUUUGUUUGUUUUUUGCAUUUGCGCAAUUUAUACAAACGAUACUGAAUUGUAAUGAUCCUGACUAAUUCAAAAAAAAGUUCUUAGUGAGGUGAAACAGGCUUAUGGAUUAAAAUUUGUUACUCUCUUCUUUGGGAAUGAAUGAGAUAAAUGAUGCAAUAAACCUGUUUUUGUUUUAGUAGUUCUAGAAAAGAAACACUUUAUGUUUACAGAAUUGAGCUGCAGAAAGUGCAAGAUAUGCCAAUUUGAGACAUGUGGUCUCUCAGACAGGAGCAUACAAUGAAUGCAUUUCAGAAACUAAAAAUCAUAUUCUAUAGCUCUGAGCUAUAACUUGUUUUUUAAUGCAGACACUAGUCUGAUAAUAGAUACUGUAAUCCUGAAACAUUUGUGUUACUUACCUUUUGAGGUAGAAGUCAUACCAAUAAAUUAUUGCACCCUUAGUAUUAGAUUUGGUGUACUUUGGAAGUUAGGUCAUUAAUAUAGGCCGCUCCAUCAAAUAAAGAGAACCUUGGCAAUACUGGCCAGGCUUCCACUCUGGGACAGUGCUUAAGGGUAGGAAGAAAUCAGAGGGAAAUAUUUCAAUCAUUAUUUCCAAAGUUAUUACCAAAACCUGUGAGGAAGUCUAAUCUUCAAAAGAGUGGUGGAGCCAUGAUCACCACGAGGUGUUGGUUGCUUGCUUCUCUCCAGGCAGUAGAUUCAAUAAGGAAUUAAGAUGAAGCCUGUGGACGCUCUCAUGGUGUGACUGCUGCUCACCCUUGCCGGCAGGUUCUCAUUGAGGGCCUGAAGCCUGGGGUCUAAGGAAAAGCAUUAAGUCCAUCCUAAUAGAAUCCAAAUGACAUAUGAUGAGAUAAGCCACGGAUGUGGGAUCAGCAAGAACAUGCAGCUCACGUGCACCCCAUCCUCUCUCAUGGACAUGUGCUCUCUUCCCACCUCCUCCUUCACAACUCUUUACUAUCAAGAAUUCUGGACCUUGCUCGUGGAGAAGUUUAGAAAGGAACUACGCAGAGGGCUGGUGUGCUUUUCACCUGUGUGACAAGUGUCAGCUGGCCAAGAAAGGAAUCAAGUUACUAACAAGCUCACAUGUUAGAUCUCCAGGCUGUUCUCUUUAAGACUGGGGAAAGGAGACUAUUUAUUCUGCCUUAAAAAAAUGGCAAGUUAGUGAAGAUGACACUUUGUGAAUGUAGACUAUGGAUAUACUCCCACUAGGUUAAUGUAGUCAUAAAAGGAGAUCAAGUAGAUGUUUUUCUGUUAUGUAAGCAAUAAUUUUUUUCUGUGUCUUACUGAGUAUGGCUAGCAGUUAUUUAUUUACAUGCUAGACGGUUCUCUGCAUGCAGGUUCCAUGUAAGUGCAGAAAUUUCCUCAGCCACUGGAGGUAUUUUGACCAUUUUGUCAUCUGGAUGAGCUGAUGUUAGACUGAAAUUUAUACAUCAUUUCAUUAAAAAUUGUGCCUUAGAAAAUGCAAAGCUGUUGCACAUCGUGAUGAAUUAUGGAUGCAGUACAUCGAAGAGAGAUGAAGUCACUUCCAAGUUCCCAAAACUUCUCAAGGAGGUGUUUGCUGUUUUACAGGAAAAAAAAAUUUAAAAAAGAAAAAGAAAAAUAGAAAAAAAUUUAAAAGAAAAAAAAGUUUUGAAAAUGUACAGAUUAAGUCCAAUAUUUUGAUUAACCACCUGCAUGUUUUAUUAAAUAUUUUGAUAAUGUGGAUGUUUACACUUUGCAUGAUAUUAGCAGAUUACGUUACCACAAAUAAUGCACAAAACAUGUACAAUAUGAUCAUUCAUAACUGAUUUUUAUAGAAUCCUUUUUACAUGUGGAACUCCAUCCGUUCUGUGAGGAGUAUAUGAAUAUUGCACAUUCUCUUCUGGUUUCACAAACCCAUUUAUACUUAUUUCUUAGUGAGACUCAUUGUACAUGUAUUGAAACUAGAAUCAAGUCAAGAAAGAUAAAGCCCAUUCUCCAACUGCAAAAUGUGCUUUCCCAUAAUGAACAAUAGUCACCAGCACAGAAUAAUCUCCCACGUUUACUAAAUUCUAAUUGCCACCUGUUUCUAUUUAUAUUUGAUUUCUAUUUCAUUGGGAGUCUGUUACAUGGCUGCUCAGGCAGACUAGAUUUUGUUUUUUCCAGUGCUGCAUAGUGAGUAUGAUCUAUAUCUUUUCAAAUAACCUUUGAGAUCCCAGGGAAAAAAAUGUUCUGCUCUGUUGAGCUACAAUGUAAAUGUGUUUGUUUAAAAAAAACAGAGGAGGCAAGUGAGUGAUUUAUUGCUCCUGAGAAAGUAUAUCUGAUUCUUUUCUCAUCCACCAAAAGCUAGUCCCUUCUCUUAAGGAAAAAAUGGAUAACUCUUUGUUUUCACUAGUAAACUUUCAUGACAUUUCAUUCUUUCUAUGUAGUAUUAUUAAUGCAAUAUGUAUUAUAGUUAUCUAUACACAGUGUAAGACUUAAGGAGCUGAAAUGAUCCACCACAUAUGUGAGUCAUCCAAGCAAUGUUACUGUUCUGGGUGGGCCAAUGUUCUACAUCAGUUACACUAACCUUCAUUUUAAAUAUUUAUUCUAAAAUGCCUCUGAUAAAUAGUACAAAAAAUUAAAAAAUAAAAACAAAAAGUUGUCUAAAACGCAACAGCUUUUAUAGUAAAUGUACAUUUAUAAAUAAAAUACUCAAAUCAA